AUGGAUUCCAGGUACAAAGUUCCAUCUAGAACAUUUUUUUCGGACACUGUUAUCCCUGAACUUUAUCGAGAUGUCGUUAGUGGCCUCAAAGAGGAAUUGGCAACGGCCAUGUGUGGGGUCAGCUUAACAACUGACAUGUGGAGAUCGCAUCAAAACAGGGAAUAUAUGUGCGUGACAUUUCACUGGACUAACCAAGUUAACAACCAGUUCAUCAGACGUCAAGCUCUUGUGAGUUUGAAGGAAUUUCCUGAGGCCACAACUGCUGUCAACAUCCAGGAACAUCUGAACGAAGUAAUGGCGGAGUGGCUCCCCCCACGUAAGAAGCUUCUUUUCUCCGUCAGUGACAACGGGGCAAACAUUAAGAGGUGUUUAAUUGAUGCAGCGGAUGGAGACUUUAGUUUGGGUUGGGUACCCUGUGCUGCACAUUGUUUGAACUUAACUACAAGGAAUAGUCUUGAUCAGCAAGCGGUAAAGGACAGUCUCAAAGCAGUCCGUACUCUCGUAAGCAAGGUGAAAAACUCUCAUCCUGUCAAGAGGAGAUUCGAGGAGCUGCUCAAUCUCCAUUAUCCUGACCAACCACAUAGACCACUGGUAAAGGAUGUUGAUACAAGGUGGAAUUCGACUCUCGAUAUGGUUAAGUCUGUCUUAAAAUAUCGAGAUGCCGCCGAAUCUCUAGCAAAUGAUAGGAUCAUGAUAGGAUUUCAAGACUUUCAACGGCCAAGAGUAUUCUCCCAUUGGUCCCAAGUUUUCGACCUGCUGAAUGGAGUCAUCGAUGCCUUGCAGCCAUCAAAGGAGGCCACGCUGAUGGUUUCAUCAGAUGACAGUUCACUCGCUGAUUACAUCCCUCUCAUCAAGGGCUUCAGCAAACAACUCAGUCAACUCAGUGCUUCUCCCAAUCAUGCUGUAAAUGUAGGCUCACUCCUCGAUGACCUUCGUGAGAAAUGGAGAACAAGAAUGGAUUGGGUAGCAUCACCAACACCAGGAGAGGACGAAGAUGAGAGGGAAUUGAAUGAACAAGUGAUUCUUCGCAUGUUUCAUGUAUCAACUGUCUUUGACCCUAGGUGA